UGAGACCAAGUUAGAUGGUUAAUAUCAGAAGUGGGCAUACCCCAGGAGUCUUUUGACCUGUUCUGGCAGUUGCAAAAUCGAUUGAAGUUUUUAAACGGCUACAAGAAUAAAAUUGUCAAUCAUUUACCAAUAUUUGGCAUUCUCAAGACCAUCCUCUUUCUCUCUCUCCACAAACACACACACACAAACAAAUACACCCACUAAUCAGACAAUACAUACAUUGUAUGUGCAGUAUAUAACUUAUUUUUUGCUAUCAGUCCGACGGUCAAUGUUUGACCUGGGUCGGGAUCCUAUCACAGAAGUCUCUUUGUCAUACUGUCAAACAAUAACCAUAUUGCCAACAAGCAGUCUAUCGCGACGUGUUUACUUGUUUGUUCUGUUAUCUAGCAUUGUUCUUGAUCGCAAGCUUUAAAAAAGCAUAAUUGGCAUCACAGCUUGGAAACUAGAUUGAUGAAUAUCCAAAUAUGUUGGUGUCUUUUCUGUCUCUAAAUAACCCUGGUAUAAGACGCCUAUACUGGAACAUCAAGUGCUCAUGGAAAUAGUUCCUUUUCUAUUCAAAUUAUGAAAAUACCUUUGAUGACACCUUGGACCUAUGAGUUUGUUUGAAAGGGUGAUACAUGACUUACAGGUGGCAGAAAGUGAGACUGUUCAAUAAGCACAGUAUAAUGAAGAAUAAAAUGCCCGUUGCCAUGGAGAUGCAAAUAACUUUUAUAUGUCUGUUGGUGGGAACGCUUAACAUAGUGACAGCUACACACGCAGCCUUUGGUACAGAGAGACAGCGCUAUGACGGAUGGUUUAAUAACCUGGCCAACCAGAGAUGGGGUACCAGAGGCUGCCAUCUUCUCAAUACUGUUCCACAGAGCUAUGAUGACUACACAUACCAACCAUCUGGUCAAGGACGUCCUGCCGCCAGGGACAUCAGCAAUGCUGUCUUCAAUGGAAGCAGCGGACUGCCCUCCUACAACAACCUCACAGCCCUCAUGGCUUUCUUUGGUCAGUUAGUCACCUACGAGAUCACCUAUUCUUCAAUGCCAACAUGUCCAGUUGAAUUGGUCAAAGUUCCUAUUCCAAAGUGUGACCAAGAUUUUGAUCCCAAGUGCUCUGGAAGAGAGAUGAUGCCGUUUUAUAGAGCUGCAUACGAUAAAAGGACAGGAAGAUCCCCUAAUAAUCCAAGAAAACAGAUUAAUGAAGUUACCAGCUGGAUUGAUGGCAGCUUUCUCUAUGGCACACAAGAGGUAUGGGCUAACUGUCUGAGGGCCAUGCACGAUGGACGCCUCAAGUCAGUCAAUGGGAGCAGGGAGGAAGAGUUCCCAGCAAUGAAUCAUAUUCGUCUUCCUCUAGAUAACUUCCCUAGUCCACACAAACACAAACUAAGUGAUCCCGAGACUAAGUGGAUGUUUGGUCAUCCUCGUACCCAUGUGCACCCUGGUCUCACAGCGCUAGGAAUAGUGUGGUUUCGUUGGCACAAUUACAUGGCGGAUCGUGUCACCAGCAUGAUGAAUACCACCUGGGCUGAUGAAGUAAUGUUUCACAAGACAAGGCGAUGGGUAAUCGCAACAAUGCAGAACAUAAUUAUGUAUGAGUGGUUGCCAACACUGUUGAAUGAGAAGAUUCCAGAGUACACAGGUUAUAAGAACUACAUCCAGCCAGGAGUCACAGCUGCCUUUCAUGCUGCAGCCAGCAGAUACCUAAUCACACUUAUACCUCCAGGCUUAUAUAGAAGGAAUGAUCAGUGUGAGUUCAACAAAGGCGGUAACUUCACAAAGCCCUGGAGGCUGUGUAACUCGUACUUUGAGUCUCAGGAUCUUUUGGAGAGUUACAAGGGUGCACUUGACGAGCUGUUAAUGGGAAUGGCGUCUCAGAUAGCAGAGCGCGAAGACACAGUUGUGGUGGAUGAUGUAAGAGAUAAAAGUCCAGGUCCACUGCACUUCUCUCGCCAUGACGUGGUGGUCCAGACCAUCAUGAGAGGAAGGGACUUUGGACUGGGGAACUAUAACUCGGCCAGGAGGGCCUUUGGUCUUGAAGAGGUGGACACAUGGGAUGCCCUGGAAAGCCUGGUCAACACUACCACAGGCGAAGAGGAAAAAACAGUGGAACAGCCAAAUUUAGUUCGAGUUAAAGGUUAUAAGAACUAUAUCCAGCCAGGAGUUACAGCUGCCUUUCAUGCUGCAGCCAGCAGAUACCUAAUUACACUUAUACCUCCAGGCUUAUAUAGAAGGAAUGAUCAGUGUGAGUUCAACAAAGGAGGCAACUUUACAAAGCCCUGGAGGCUGUGUAACUCGUACUUUGAGUCCCAGGAUCUGUUGGAGAGUUACCAUGGGGCACUUGACGAGCUAUUAAUGGGAAUGGCGUCUCAGAUUGCAGAACGUGAAGACACAGUUGUGGUGGAUGACGUAAGAGAUAAAAGUCCAGGUCCGCUGCACUUCUCUCGCCAUGACUUGGUGGUCCAGACCAUCAUGAGGGGAAGGGACUUUGGACUGGGGAACUAUAACUCGGCCAGGAGGGCCUUUGGCCUUGAGGAGGUGGACACAUGGGAUGCCCUGGAACGUCUGGUCAAUACUACCACAAACGAAGAGAAUAAAACAGUGCAAGAGACUGUUGAAAAACUGCGCAAUGUGUACAAUGACAGUAUGGAGCAUUUGGAUGUCUUUGCUGGGGGUAUGGCAGAAACCGGCAGAAAUGGCCCUGGACCACUGUUCCGUGAAAUUCUUCUUGACCAGUUUCUCCGUAUCAGAGAUGCAGACAGAUACUGGUUUGAGAAUAAACAAAACGGGCUGUUCACAGAUGAAGAGAUUGCCCAGAUAAAGAGUAUUAAGUUUGCCGACAUCAUCACCAACGUGACAAACAUUCAGCCAGAUUGGUUGCAAAGAGAUGUUUUCUUAAGGCAACAAGGGGACCCAUGUCCUCAAGAGAAGCAGCUGGUGAUAGAGGAUAUGGAACCAUGUACAGAUCUCCAGGGCUGGGACUACUUUGCUGGCAGUGAGCUCUGGUUUAUAGGGAGUCUUGUGGUACUGGGACUGGUGCCAUUCUUCUGCAUCUUGGUGGCCUACCUCAUAUACAGAGUGAAGAAGUUUAGGACAAAGAGAGUGAAGAGAACUCUGCACAUGGACAAGUUACGGUCCAUGGUGAGAGCCAAUGCUGGAAACAUAGCAGCUACUGAGUGGACAGAUCCUAAAGACCUUCCUCGUAGCAUUGAGCUACAUUUCGAUGACAUGACAUGUGGACUGCUAGUCUUAACAGCUAGUGGGACGAAAAUACGCCAUUUAGACUUCUCAAUGUCUGAAGAAGUUAACGUCUGGCUCAGCAUGAACCGUGGGAAAGAAACAAUGCUUAUUCAAAUCCCUAAUGAAUAUGAUCUGGUUGUGAUGUUCGACGAUGAAGAAGACAGAAUGGAAUUCCUGAGAAAAUUUAAAAGCUACCUGAAUGACUUCAAUAAGAAUUUACAGUUUUUUCAUGACAAGCAGCAGAAUAUACUAGAAAAUGCAGUCACUAAGAGGAAGAGGCAGCAGUUACUGGAGCGUUUCUUUAAGACUGUCUUUGCAGAGGCUCUUACUUUGGAUCAUCAACCAAGAAUGGAGACUGAGGCAAUAGAACAAGGAACAGCCAAGGAAAUUCUCAACCUGGAGCUUUCUAAGGCCGAGUUUGCAGAGGCCCUAGCACUGAAACCAUCUUCACUAUUUGUGGAGCAGUUUUUCUCUAUGCUGGACAAGGAUCAGAAUGGAUACAUCUCCUUCAGGGAGUUUCUAUAUGCUGUGGUUCUCUUCUCCAAAGGAUCCUGUGAAGACAAACUUCACAUGCUGUUCAGGAUGUAUGAUCUCAACCACAGUGGCUCUCUGAAUAAAGAAGAAAUUGCAGCUUUACUGAGGUCUCUGCUAGAAAUGGCCAACACUGACCUGACAGCAGACGAGGUAGAUAAACUGACGGAGACCAUGUUUGUCAACUCUGGCCUGGAAGGGAAAGGAUCACUCCGAUUUGAGGAAUUUCAACAACUGCUAGCAGACGACAUGACAAAGUUGUGGGAUGUCUGCAUAGAUUGGAAGGGCACUAAAGUUUGCUUCCCAAAGAAAAGAAGUAAUGUUGACAAGGAGAAGGUAAAAUUUGGCAACACGGGUCAAGAUGCCUUUGGUGCCACACGAGAGAAAUACCACCCCAUCGGAGCCAAGAUGAAGAACGUUUUACACUUCAUUGAAAACAACAGGCAGCACAUCUUUUAUCUCAUCAUCUUCUAUGGCAUUUGCAUUGGGCUGUUUUCUGAGAGGUUUUAUACCUAUUCAGUGGAGAAAGAACACUUUGGACUUCGCCGUAUUGCCAGUUAUGGUGUCCCGGUAUCUCGGGGCUCUGCUGCCGCUUUGACCUUCUGCUAUUCCUUGAUUCUUCUGACAGUGUGUCGUAAUCUGAUCACAAGGUUACGCGAGACUUUUCUCAAUCUCUACAUCCCCUUUGAUUCCAAUGUGGCCUUUCACAAGGUCAUUGCUUGGACGGCUCUCUUCUUUACAUUGGCACAUGUAGUGGGGCACGCCCUCAACUUCUACCACAUCUCCACACAGCCUGUCCAGCAUCUCUGCAUCUUUGAUGAAAUCUUCUUCAAGUCGGAGUAUCUGCCAACUUUUGCAUGGUGGCUGUUGGGAACUCUAACUGUUUCUGCUUUUAAUGCUCUUACUUUGGAUCAUCAACCAAGAAUGGAGACUGAGGCGAUAGAACAAGGAACAGCCAAGGAAAUUCUUAAUCUGGAGCUUUCUAAGGCGGAGUUUGCAGAGGCCCUAGCACUGAAACCGUCUUCACUAUUUGUGGAGCAGUUUUUCUCUAUGCUGGACAAGGAUCAGAAUGGAUACAUCUCCUUCAGGGAGUUUCUUUAUGCUGUGGUUCUCUUCUCCAAAGGAUCCUGUGAAGACAAACUCCACAUGCUGUUCAGGAUGUAUGACCUCAACCACAGUGGCUCUCUGAAUAAAGAAGAAAUUGCGGCUUUACUGAGAUCUCUGCUAGAAAUGGCCAACACUGACCUGACAGCAGACGAAGUAGAUAAACUGACAGAGACCAUGUUUGUCAACUCUGGUCUGGAAGGGAAAGGAUCACUCCGAUUUGAGGAAUUUCAGCAACUGCUAGCAGACGACAUGACAAAGUUGUGGGAUGUCUGCAUAGAUUGGAAGGGCACUAAAGUUUGCUUCCCAAAGAAAAGAAGUAAUGUUGACAAGGAGAAGGUAAAAUUUGGCAACACGGGUCAAGAUGCCUUUGGUGCCACACGAGAGAAAUACCACCCCAUUGGUGCCAAGAUGAAGAACGUUUUACACUUCAUCGAAAACAACAGACAGCACAUCUUUUAUCUCAUCAUCUUCUAUGGCAUUUGCAUUGGGCUAUUUUCUGAGAGGUUUUAUACCUAUUCAGUGGAGAAAGAACACUUUGGACUUCGCCGCAUUGCCAGUUAUGGUGUCCCAGUGUCUCGGGGCUCUGCUGCUGCCUUGACCUUCUGCUAUUCCUUGAUCCUUCUGACAGUGUGUCGUAAUCUGAUCACAAGAUUACGCGAGACUUUUCUCAAUCUCUACAUCCCCUUUGAUUCCAAUGUGGCCUUUCACAAGGUCAUUGCUUGGACGGCUCUCUUCUUUACAUUGGCACAUGUAGUGGGGCACGCCCUCAACUUCUACCACAUUUCCACACAGCCUGUCCAGCAUCUCUGCAUCUUUGACGAAAUCUUUUUCAAGUCGGAGUAUCUGCCAACUUUUGCAUGGUGGCUGUUGGGAACUUUAACUGGCAUGACAGGAGUCCUGGUUACGAUUGUCAUAUUUGUCAUCUACAUCUUUGCCACGCAGUGUGCCAGGCAGUUCAUCUUCAAUGCUUUCUGGGCCACGCACAAGCUCAUCAUCCCCAUGUAUAUUCUGACCAUACUGCACGGCAGCGGGCGACUCCUGCAGUUGCCAUACUUCUGGGCGUACUUUGUCGGACCUGCCAUUUUGUUCACCAUUGAUAAGCUGGUCAGCAUCAGCCGACGGAAGAUGGAAAUUUCUGUGAUAAAUGCAGAACUUUUGCCCUCUGAUGUCACCUUCCUGGAAUUUAAACGCCCGCCCAACUUUGAGUACAAAUCAGGGCAGUGGGUGCGCAUUGCCUGCCUGUCACAGGGCCGCCAUGAGUAUCACCCGUUCACCUUGACCUCUGCCCCCCAGGAGGACACACUCAGCCUCCACAUCAGAGCCAUAGGACCCUGGACGUGGAACCUGAGGAACUUAUAUGACCCGGACAUGCUUAGGGAUGGCCCCUAUCCUAAGUUGUUUCUGGAUGGCCCCUAUGGCUCUGGACACCAGGACUGGUAUCAGUACGAUGUGUCCAUCUUGGUUGGUGGAGGAAUUGGAGUGACCCCAUUUGCUUCCAUUCUCAAGGACUUUGUCCACAUGUCCACCAUCAAAAACACUUUUAAGAUCAAGUGCCAAAAGCUGUACUUUAUCUGGGUGACAGCCAGUCAACGCCAUUACGAGUGGCUGAUCGACAUUCUAAGACAAGUGGAGGAGGUGGACAAGAACGGACUAGUCAACAUUCACAUUUUCAUCACACAGUUCUUCCAAAAGUUUGACCUGAGGACUGCCAUGCUGUAUAUAUGUGAAGAGCAUUUCACUAAAGUGUCUGGGAAGAGUUUGUUCACUGGACUGAGAGCAAAGACCCACUUUGGACGUCCCCAGUUUGAGAAGAUAUUCCAGUCAGUUCAGGAGACAUCUAAGGUAACCAAGGUUGGCGUGUUCAGCUGUGGUCCACCAGGUCUCACCAAGGGUGUGGAGAAAGCCUGCAUCGAGAGCAGCAAGCACUCUAAGGCCCUCUUUGAACACCACUAUGAGAACUUUUAAUGCUGGCAUCCCCAGGGAAAUAUGCUCCUCCAUAUAUGGGUGACAUCAGGAGGAAAAUCUGUGGAAUUUGCAGCAAAAGAAGAAUAUACCUUGAGUCAAAAAAUUAAUUUAAACAUGACACUAUUAUACAAUUAACAAAGGAGUUAUACUUUUGAUUUCAAACCAACAGAAUACUGGAAAAUAAGAGUAGUCUUCAUGUCAGUCUUGCGGAUCCAGUAUUUUUGGACCAGCUAGAUCAGUAUGUAAGGUGCAUUUCCAGUAAAGUUGGUAGAGUUUAACUUAGUACCUGGACCAUGCUGUCAUAACAGAUAGGUAUCAUUGUGGUUUUAAACCAAGAGCUGAAAUUAAUCCUCAUGUUCUUGCGAGUGUCAGAUGUUUAGUUGAUGCAACUCAAUAUGUGACAGUGCUAAAUAAAUUGGCUAAAACAGGACUGUGAACCACCCUUCACUUGCAUACAAGAAGGCUAGGUGGUUUGCCUGCAGUAAUCUGGGAUGUUCUGAUUUGAAAGUAGAGACCUCUUUGUUAAAACUUUGUUAAAACUUAGGCUUCUAAGCAUUUACUGGAAUUUUAAAAUGCAUCAUUGGGCGAGAAUAAUAAUCCAGACUUUUCUUCUUCCAUAUUUAAAAUUUUAUUUUGAUCAAGAAUUUUAUCUUUGUAAAUCCAUUUAACUCAUAUAUUUUAAAAAGGAGCUUCCAAGUGCUUAGGGUUAUGAAUAUUUUGGGAUUUAUACAUCUAAGAAAGUAAAGUUCUGCGCUUCUGUAAGGCAUUGAUAUGAUGUCAUUAAUUUAGUGACUUUAAUCUCAGUUUUAGUUAAACAUUUUUACGAAUUUCACAAUGGGAUGACAACCCCUCAAACAUCCUUACCAACAUUGGGAGGGGUGCCAGUGACUUUAUAUAAGCUUAUAUAAAUGCCAUCCUUCAGAGUAAGUUGAGACUUUUAUUAGGUCUUUUGUGCCAUGGUAACCAGUUGAUAGCAUCAUUAUUUAGGUUUUUAAUUGUUGAAUUGUGUCAAGAAUACACCUCUUUAAGCGUUUCUUUUCCCAAUAUUGUUUGAUUAUGCAUUUAACAAGGGUUGACCCUUGAAUCCACAUUUCCCAGACUGUAAAAUGUACAUCUCAAAUGGUGUAAGAGUGAAAACUUAGUGUAGCCUCUUUUUGGUUGGUGUGCAUCACUUUCCCCACUUUCUGGUCAACUCUAAAUUUAUCCAUUCAUUUAUAGCAAGCUUUCUUCAAGGCACAUGGAUAUUUGUUAUGAAUAGGGAUUACAGGGACUAAACAUAUCCAGUGUUAUUUAAAAAACAAAACUUAAAAAUAUGUACAUCAAACAAAAGUAGAUUGAAUUACUGAAGCAAAAAAAUUACUAGGAAAGGAUCCGACUUCUUAUUAUAAUUUUUUUUUUUUUUUGAAGGCUGAGAUGAUCUCCUGUGCCUUGAAGCAUAAACUUGCACACCAGAAUAAUGAAAUAAAAUCAACAACACCUUGAA